AUGACGAUAUCAUCGUCGUCAGUAUCAACGCUACCGUCGUCAUCGCAUUUGGCAACAGGUACUGGCGGUAACCAGGAGCAUUUGCAGCAUCUGAGCCACUUGCAACACUAUCAUCAGCUGCAACAUCAUCAUCAUCAUCACCUCCCACCAACAUCAUUACAAGUACCACAUUCUUCUAUACCUAGUUACUAUGAUCGCAGUAAUUGCUAUGUUUCUGACAGACCUGCAACGUCUUCUACCGUUGUGCCUAAUCAACGUUCUUGUAGGCAAACUUUAGAAAACAAAGAGUCGAAUUACAAUCACAAUGAUUAUCAAACAUUGAACCAUAGUUUGCAUGACGCUAGCGAUCAAAGUAACUGUGAUUAUGUCGCAAAAAAAAGAAAAAAAAGGUACAGCCCAACGAAUGCUAUUGGUGGGGAUGAUGGUAAUGAUAAUAAUAUUGACGAUCAUGAUUACGCUGAUAAAGUGACACGUGAACAGUAUGUUAAGUAUCGCAAUAGCGAACAUGGACAUUAUUAUAAUGAUAAUAAUAAUAAUAACAAUAGAAAUAAAAAUAAUAACGACGAUAGUAACAAUAAUAGUAGCAGUAGUAGCAUUCGAAUUGGCAGAAUAAAAAUACAAAACUAG